CCCGCGCCGCCGCGCCGCCGCCAGUCCGCGCGCGAGCGAGCCCGCAUGCCGCCACGCCAGCGCACCGCCGCGACGCAUCAAAAUGCCACUUUACUCCGAUCACAUAUCGAACAUGUAUUACAGUGGAUCCUCAUCCUAUAGUGCCCCUUACAGUUACGGAUCAAAAACACCAAUAGGAUCGUCAUACAGUGCAUCAUACCUUAACCCCGGAUCGAACUAUAGUAACCAUUCCUCCCUCGGAGGGUACACCCGCCCUCAGGUCAGCUCGAGAUGGAUCACUAGCAGCGGGAGGACUUACUCUCCUAUGCUCAGCACUAUAUCGGAAAGGAACACAUCGAGUCCUUCAAGGGUAAGCAGUCCUAGGAGAAUACCAAGUUACAAAAGGAGUUACGUUCCCUCCAGCUACACUCCGCGACCGAUAAAUAUCAACACGGCUGAUAUUGACGUGUCAAGAAACAAAUAUCGACCUAAGACGGAAAGUCCGCCGCCACCUCCGGCCGAAGCCCCGACUGUAGAUAAUGAAAAUGGGCCCUUUAUGCCACGAAUUGAUGGUAAGCCAGAAACUGGCAUAGAUUCCUCUCCUGGAGAACUGAGGAGUACUAUAAAACGAGGUCGUACUGUAGUACGACUGCAUACAAUUAAGAGGAAAGACAGAGAUUCACCUCGCAAACCUUUAGACGGAUCACAGAAAUCAAGUUCCGAAGAACGUGACAAAAGUGAGUCUGUGGUAGAUAAUGCUUCCGCUAAAGACCCGGAAUCAAUGAAAUGGAGAGAAAAGCUUUCGGAAGACUUAAUAUAUAAAGAUAAAAAAGAAAAGAAAACAAUAGGUGCCAAAUUGAUGGAAAAAUUCAUUGUCAAAGAUAAUAAUGAUAGUGAUAUUGAAUUAGCAAGUGAUAAUAAAAAUAAAGAAGAAACAUUAAGUGCACCACAAGCACCUCAUUCUAGCACGAGUAGAUCACCUACCCGACGGUGCUCGGUGGAGAUCUUAGCCGAACAAGCCAAUGUCUUGGACUCCUUAAUAAGAAAUGAAAAUUUAAGUACUGCAACUUUAGAUUUAAGCAAAGUUGGGACAGAGGAACCCGUUGGCGUUUUGGAAGGUCAAAGUAACCCUUUGAAAACGACAAAAUCAGACAAUUCCUUACAUGAUCGGUUUAGAAAGUCUAGAGAUUCUAAAGAACUUAAGAAUUCUUUAAAAAGACGCAGUUUAAAAAGGUCGUCUUCAAGUGGUAGACUUGAUUCUAUCACUGAAUUUCCUCGAGAGGCUUUAUGUUCUUUACCAUCUAUUGAAGAAAAUAGGUCAUCAAUAAAAUAUGAAAGUACAAAACCAAAACCCAAGUUAAAAGCAAAAAUAACCGGUACAGUGGAAGUAUCUCCACCAACUAGUCCUAUGAAAUUUAAAGUUGAAGAAGUUGUUGUAGAGGAAAAACUUCGUCCUUUGAAAAAAGAAAUUUCAUUUAGCAGUAGUGUUGAUUCCAGUUUUGAUGAUUGUUCGAAGAGUGCGAAUAGGUCAAUUACUAAUGCAUUGCGUAAAAGUAGAAUGCGCUCUUCUAUCCGUAGAAAAACGGACCUCGAAAGUAAUGGUCCUUCGCCUGAACCAGAUGAUGGUAAUUUUUGGGAUAAAAUAGGCAAAAGGGAAACCGUUUACCUUUUGAAAAGGAAACAAAAUAUAGAAGACGCUAGGGAAAAACAUCGUAGAGCCCUGUUUUGGUUUCCAGAAGACGAGGCAUCUAGUGCAAACGAAGAGUUUUUUGAACCACCUGGUGUAAUAGAUAUUGAAAAUACUGCUAAGCAACAAGAAGCAAAUAAUAUUAAUGCUAGCGAUGUAUCAGUAGAAGGUUCUAUUUUACCUAAAUCUGAGUUGCCUUUGUCUGAUCUAAAUAGUAAUGUGCUGCUAACGAACCCUGAAAUAAAACCUGAUGAUCAACAAUCUUCACUAUUAGAUCCUAAAAAGGUAAAAGAAAAUUUCACAAAACAAAACAGUGAAACCAUCUGUCACGAUGUUAAAGAACCCCUUUUAGCCGAAUGUAACUCAGAAGUUAAAGAAGAAAAGUCAAAUACAGCAUCUUUAACUGUAGUAAAUAAAAGCGACGUCAAAAAGACUAACGAAGUCAAUGUUAGUGCUCAGGUGCCGCAAAUCCCCAAAAGUGAGGACAUUAUUAGUAAAGUUGAAAAAGCUCCACAAAAAUCAACGGAUCCAGUACUACCUUAUAAAAAAAAUAGUAAAGAAGAAGUACACUUGCAGAAAAAUAUUGUUAGCGUCAUGGAUACUAAAUCAAAUAAACCGGAAGACGAAAAAAUCAUAAAAACAAAAGAUGCCUUUAUCUCCAAACCAAAUCAAACAGAUAUCGCUGUACUAGAUAAAAAUAAAGAAAAAGAUAGCAAAAAAGAAUCUUCAAUAGAAGUCAAAACUGAAGAAAAAAUAUGUCCUAUACAUGGCAAAAAAGAAAAAAUCAUUUCUCAAAAUGAAACAAAUGUGGUAUCUCCGAAAGCUAAGAACACAGAAUCUCCAAAAUCGUCAAAAAUUGUGGACAAACCUUCUUCUUCACUUAGUAAGAUAGAAGUCGUGCCUCCAAAUGUUGAAACAAAACAGUAUUAAAUAAAAUUAAAGAACUAGAUUCAACAACAAAGCAAUCUGGGGAAAAUAAUAGAACAGAUAGCAAAAAAAGAGUUUGCAUAAAGACGAAAAGUCGGAAUCGUCAAAACCAUCUUCUAUUACUAAAAUACCAGCUGUCGAACAAUCAGACAGUAAGGUUUGUGUGUCACCUGAGACUACAAACAAAACAGUUGAGGAAGUGGUUAGU